AUGAGCUUAAUAUGCAAAUACAACUGCCUUGACGAUUUAGAUAGUUUGAAAAUCAUUCAUAUAAGUGGUACAAAAGGCAAGGGAUCGGUGUCUGCUUUUUGUGAAAGUAUAUUACGAGCACAUGGACUGAAAACUGGAAUGUAUAGCUCACCACAUUUGAUAGAAAUUCGUGAGCGAAUCCGGAUUAAUGGUUUACCAUUGUCGAGGAAUGACUUUAGUAAAUAUUUCUUUGAUGUUGAUGUUGUCAUUCUGGAAGUAGGCAGGGGUGGGGCAUAUGAUUGCACUAACGUUAUAAGACGUCCUACAGCCACUGGUAUAAACCUGAUUGACUUCGACCAUAUGCACGUAUUGGGAGACACUCUAGCUAAAAUAGCUUGGCAUAAAGUUGGUAUUUGCAAGCCUGGUCGACCUGCAUUCACAGUCCCGCAAUCUAAAGAAGCCCUUGAUACCAUAAUAGCUAGAGCCAAAGAGCUGGACGCACCAAUUCAUCUUGUGCCUGAAUUGGAUGACUAUGAUUGGCAGGGACAACCUAAAAAGCUUGGUAUAUCAGGGGAGCAUCAGAAACGCAAUGCAUCUUUAGCAAUACAGUUGUGCAGAGCAUGGAUAAACGAGCAUAAAUCGAACCUCACUAGUUUUGAAGAUGUACAUACCAAUGCCAAUGUGGACUACAGUAGCCUGACAGCUCCAGCAUUCAAGUUACCGGACGCAUUUAUGAAAGGUCUUCGAAACUGCUACUGGCCAGCACGUACACAGAUCAUAAAGCGGGAGAAUGUGACUUACUAUAUGGACGGAGCUCAUACACAGCUGAGUAUCAAGGCUUGUGCUGAAUGGUUUGAACAAGCAUCAUCAGAAGAAGCAUUACUGCUCGGGAAACGUUGUGUGAAAGUUCUGCUGUUCAAUGUUACCCGCGCACGUGAUCCAAAGGUGUUAAUGAUGGAUUUACUCCCUUGCAAUUUUGCAGGCGCCACCUUCUCUCCCAAUGUCGUUUAUGCUGACUCUAGUCAGUCAUUAAUGGAUAGAUCAUUCCUUGAAAUACCAAUAGAGGUAGAACACGAUGUGUGCAAACAAAACAGGCAAGCGUGGCAGAGUUUAGAAGAGGAAAGAGAGCGUAAUCCUGGCUCCCAAUUGGCAGCAUCUUCUUCAAAAACUAAAUCAGAUUCGUCAAAAUAUGUGAAAUUUGAAUGUGUUAAGCACGCCUUACAGUGGUUAUCAUGUGGCAAAGAUUCUCAUAUGCCAAACCCGAGAUCAGAGGAUCCAACACCACCGCAAAGUAUCAUGGAAGCAGACCAUGUACAAGUUCUGGUCACCGGAAGUCUAUAUUUAAUUGGUUGUGUUAUCCACGUUCUCGAUCUUGAUAUUAUGACAAAAGGGACUAAGCAUGAUAGCGAUGCGCAG